UGAGGGCUCGGCUGGCAGUUUUCCACGGCUUCUCCUCUUAAAAAUGAGUCAAUGGAUUGAUCUAGGUAAUGGGUCUAUGGAAGGCUUUAGACAAGUUCCCGGACAUAUAUUUCAGAGAUUCAUCAAACUUGAGACUAUCAUCUGGCGGCAAUUGGUCGAAUUGUCUUACCCAUCAGAACGGCCACUCCGAAUCUACCUUUGUAAGAAGAAGAAAGAAAACCCGGGUUUCUCUGCUGGUUCGAUGGCAGUGAAGCGAGGUCGGCAGUCGCCGGCGCAGCUCAGCUAAGACAGUUGAGGAAGUUUUCCAGUGGCAAGCGCAUGCGAUUGGACAAUAAAAUGGAGUCAGUGGGUGAUCGAUCCUUCUGAUUGGAUGGGCCACAGACUUUCCGAACUUGACCGAUCACGCCGCGUGCACAUGCGCAAGACGGAAAUCGCUGACGGGCUCAGUUAUACCAACGCUCUCAUUGGCAAUUGCUGUUCUAUCUAAGAUUCUGGUCCCCGACGCUCAACCUUUAUCAUCUCUUCUCCCCAACGGUCAACUUACACCUCUUGUCUUGCUCUACUCCUUCAAUUCAAGUCCUCUCGAUACCCCUUGUCUCGCUGUUCGUGAUUUGCGUUGUUUCGUCUUCCAAUUGUCAUCCUUCCGACCUGUUCCGCUCAUCACAAGGACCCCCAGUUAACCGUCCGUUGAAUUUUUGGCCACCUUACGCCCGAGGCCCGCCAUCUAUGUGUUUCGCCCUGAAACUUUCGCCGCUCUUCAUCCUUUCAAGAUCAACCAUCGUCUCUCCAAAACACCAUCAACCGUAGUCGACAUCAUGUCUUUCUCCAGCCUUGUUCAAGACUUGAGCCUUCGCGACUCCAACGGCGCUCGCCGCCCUCAGAUCCCCGGUCCCCGCUCUUCCGUCUCGACUCUCGAUGACCGAGCUUCACACGUCUCGCGUGCUAUGUCCUACACCAGCACUGCUGCCACCAGCGUUAGCAUUUCCGGCGACAUUUCAAGCCAGCUUCAUGGUGGCUACUUCCACCCUCUAGCCCGUUCAUGGCAGGCCGAGCGUCAACUCACAAAGUCCAUGCUCAUCUACCCUCUCUUCGUCACCGAUGGUGAAGGCGACAUGAUUCUCGUUCCUUCUCUACCCGGCCAGCACCAGCUUAGCUGUGACAAGCUGAUUCCGUUCCUCGAGCCUCUCGUUCACAAAGGCCUCCGCUCUGUUAUGCUCUUCGGUGUCCCCAUGCAAACUGGCACAAAGGACGCGCUAGGUACCGCCGCCGACGAUCCCGAAGGACCUGUCAUCAAGGCCAUCCAAAUCAUUCGCCGCCGUUUCCCACAGCUCUUCAUCUGCUGUGAUGUCUGUCUUUGCGAAUACACUUCUCAUGGCCACUGCGGUAUUCUCCGUGAUGAUGGCAGUCUGAACAACCAGUUGUCUGUCGACCGUAUCUCUGAUGUCGCCAUCGCUUAUGCUAAGGCUGGUGCUCACUGCGUGGCUCCUUCAGACAUGAACGACGGCCGCAUUCGCGCCAUCAAGCUUAAACUGAUUGAGGAGGGAAUUGCCCACAAGACAGUUCUUAUGUCGUACUCGGCCAAGUUCUCAGGCUGCUUGUAUGGCCCCUUCCGAGAUGCCGCCGGUUCAGCACCUUCAUUUGGUGACCGCAAGUGCUACCAGCUUCCUCCUGGUGGUCGUGGCCUCGCACGACGUGCCAUUGUGCGAGAUAUCAACGAGGGAGCCGAUAUUAUCAUGGUGAAGCCUGCUAGUCAGUAUCUGGACAUUAUCAGUGAUGCCAAGGACCUGGGUAAAGAUCUUCCCGUGGCUGCAUACCAGGUCAGUGGCGAGUAUGCCAUGAUACAUGCCGGAGCCAAGGCUGGAGUCUUCGAUCUCAAGGCUAUGGCUUUCGAGUCAACAGAAGGCAUUCUUCGAGCUGGUGCUACUAUUGUGGUCAGCUACUUCACCCCUGACUUCCUCGACUGGCUCGAAAACUAGGGUUUGCAAAUUAUACAUGAUAUACACUGAGAUUUAUUUCAAGGCGUUGGCAGGUGUUUGGGACGAAAAUAUGGGCGUUUCAUAAAUGAAGAAAGGGAGCAAGGGAUUUGAUUAUAUUAUGUCAAAAAGGACUAUACGAUUGGAAGCAAGAAUCACUCGCUAAUGAAAAACAAUAUAUACAUACGAACUUGGUGUUAAAAUAUCGAAUUUGUGUAACUGGUGCUUGUUAUACAUGACGACACCCAUGAUCUCAGCAACUUUCAACAAAUGUAGCUAGGUAAUGGAUUGACAGCAGUGCAGGCUCGUUGAAGAUGAAAUACAGAUUGUAUAGCGCGGUGGGCCAUGACAAGGAAACGAAGCGUAUCUGCCAGGCUCGACCAGUGCCACUGAGAUUCGGAUUUGGGCGAAUGACAAACACAGAUGACGUGUCGUUCGUUCAACUCAUAUCAAGAUGAGGUCGACGAGAAACUAGAUGGCUGGCAAUGAAGCGGGAUAGUGAUAGUCGUGUCGAUCACAGCACACCUUGAGGCUUGGGGCCAUGAGGCAUGAGCAGAAGCAGGUCCACAGGGCGAUCCUACAAGAUUAGUAUCCGUAGAUGCGAGACAGGACCUGGCAAGCUUAUAUGUUUUACGGCACGAGGUAGCGAGAGUUGGUACCUUAUGAUCAGUUACUUAGGUACUUACAGUAUUUUGCAGAGUGAAGCACAUAUGGAAUGAUCAAUACUGAGGUAUACAGUGCAUAGCACCUCAUGCGUGAAUUCAAAAAUACGGUAUCAAGAUGCAACAUGAACGCUGUCUGUCUAUUCGCUAGCCCCUAUCGUCUACGUUGGAAAUCUGGGUCCUCUUGUUUUUGUCGUCGUCAGCUGUCAGCUCAUGAUGCGCCGUGUUGACGCACCGGUAGCCCUCUCUCUCUUCCCUGAAGCAAAGCCAAGUUUUUCUCCACGUGAGAGUUCAGUUAUCGUGUCAGAGAGAGCGAAGAGGGAAACAAGCUUUAUUGUUAGUUUCAUGUUGACAAUUGAGAUCGGUCCCAGAGAAGAGGAUGUGAGAUCGAAGUCUGGACGAACCAACAAGUUUGCCAAGUAUUGAUCGACUAUGCGCCAUGCUGGUAUCCUCAAUGAUCUCUCGGUUCACAUAGAGCUUGACUCAGCUCGCCGCAUGAGUUAUGCUAGAGGUUAUACAUAAUUAGCUCUUUACGGUUUACUAGGAUGGUGUUAUGUUUGAGUUACGCUUCACCGGGAAUUUAGUCGAGCUGUAACGCCGGGAAUACUACCUUGUAUGCGGCCGACCGUUCGUCUUAGAUGGCAGCUUGAAGUGGUGCAGACGAUAGAUGAUGAUGGGCCGUGUGCUCAUCAGGACGGAUUUCCCAUCUUGCAAAACCGAGGAUGUGCUGUUCCUCAAUGGCUCUGUCGUAAAGUCGAAGCCGGUUAGCCGUGUCAAACAUUUACAUGUAACCCUUGAAGCUGUGUACUGUUCAGAUGAG